CGCCCCUCCCGCGGGGGUCCCCGGCCAGCCCGACCUGCAUGGAUUUGCGCGCUCCUUGGGCACUCCCUCGCUUCUUUUCAAUGAAGCCGGACAGGAGCUGAUCGCGGAGGCAGUCGUAUCCACCCAGAAUCAUGGAGAACGCUGGUGUUAGACACGUCUACGCCAGCACUGGACUCCUUCAGCCGUCGGCUACCGACAAUGCCAUGAGGAAUCAAAAUGGCCGGCAAGAACUGAUGAUCAAGUUGACAGAAGGCCAAUACGUUUUGUGCCGGUGGACAGACGGACUGUAUUACCUUGGGAAGAUCAAGAGGGUGAGUGGCUCUAAGCAGAGCUGCCUGGUGACCUUUGAGGACAACUCCAAAUAUUGGGUGCUCUGGAAAGAUAUCCAACAUGCGGGCGUGCCAGGAGAAGAACCGAAGUGUAAUAUCUGUUUGGGAAAGACGACGGGCCCCCUGAAUGAUAUCUUGAUAUGUGGGAAAUGUGGACUAGGUUACCACCAGCAGUGUCAUAUCCCAGUGGUGGGCAGUUGCGAGGGCUCCUUGGUGACGCCAUGGUUCUGUCGGAGAUGUAUCUUUGCCUUGGCGGUGCGGAAGGGCGGUGCCCUGAAGAAGGGCGCCAUUGCCAGGACGUUGCAGAUGGUCAAGAUGGUCCUGUCCUAUAACCCGGAGGAACUGGAGUGGGACUCACCCCACAGGACCAAUCAGCAGCAGUGUUACUGUUACUGCGGAGGCCCUGGAGAGUGGUACCUGAAGAUGCUGCAAUGUUAUCGCUGUCGCCAAUGGUUCCAUGAAGCUUGCACUCAGUGCCUUAGUGAUCCCAUGAUGUUUGGCGAUCGGUUUUAUGUUUUCUACUGCUCGGUGUGCAAUCAGGGACCAGAAUACAUCAAACGCCUGCCUCUGAGAUGGGUCGACGUGGUGCAUCUCGUCCUCUACAACUUGGGCGUGCAAAGCAAGAAGAAAUACUUUGACUUCGAGGAGAUCUUAGCCUUCGUCAAUCAGCACUGGGACCUCUUGCACCUUGGGAAGCUGACCGGGACCCCUGCAGGAGAGCGAGGUCCUCACCUUUUGGAUGCACUAAACAGCUACAAAAGCAGGUUUCUCUGCGGGAAGGAGAUCAAGAAGAAGAAAUGCAUCUUCCGCUUGAGGAUUCGGGUCCCGCCCAACCCACCGAGUAAACUACUACCCGAGAAGAUCCCGGGAACGGCUGAUGGAAGAGUCUCCGAGCUGAAAAAAGGAGGGAGAAACAAGUAUUCCCACAAGAGCAGUUCGCUGCCACACGAGAUCCAGCAGGAAAGAAGGCAAGCAGCCAGAAGGAAAAGAUCCAAAUUUCUCCUAGAGGAUGCUAUUCCCAGUAGCGAUUUCGCCUCGGCUUGGAGUACCAACCACCACCUAGCCAGCAUCUUUGAUUUCACGCUGGAUGAAAUUCAGAGCUUGAAAAGCUCAAGUUCAAGCCACACUUUCCUUUCGGACGUGGACUCCACGGACGCUGUCAGCACUUCGGGCUCAGCCACCACAAGCCUGUCCUACGAAUCGAGGAGAAACAUGGGCAGCCGGAAACGCAAAGUGUCCGCUAAGACCUACACAGCGAUCGAGACGAAGCAGAAGUGUUUGGAGCAUCCCCGGAGGACCCCGCCCGGCUGCUCUUCGGAGGAGAGCGAGGCCGUCUGCGUCUCGAACCGACUCGAGAACGCCAUCGACAGCCACACCUUAGAGAGCCUGAGCGAAGACGACUCCUCCCUUUCACACCUCAAGUCAUCCAUCAGUAAUUACUUUGGUGCUGCCGGCCGGCUGGUGUGCGGGGAGAAGUACCAAGUAUUGGCCCGGAGGGUGAGCCCAGAGGGAAAAGUCGAGUACCUGGUGGAAUGGGAAGGUACCACUCCUUACUGAGGUGGCUGGCCUGUCUGGGACAUCGGGCCUCGAGAAGGGUGGGGUGGUUGAUGCCGAAGGAGUCAUGCGGUCGGAUGGAGAAACCCAGAUUGGGUGGCCGCCAUCUUGGAGAGCUCUCUG